AUGGUCCAAUACCAAACCGGCCACAGCCACCAUCCUCAACACUACUGGAAACUGCAAAACUGGUCCGCGGAACCACGUCUUCUCCGAGCUCAACACCGAAAAGGCACCCUCCCUUUCCCAGCACCCGCAGCAAAGACCACCCCGGCACGUCUUGCACAAAUCGCCUCUCGAUUCGAACGCAACCUGAUCAACUAUGAAGCCUGCGAUAUACGUGAACUGCGACGCUUUGUGACCGACAGACGUCUCAAACCGCAGCGAGGGGACGCGACCGAUUCUGCAAGAGUGACCCGCGAAGAGCUCAUCAAGAGGCUCGAACGCGCAGACGAGACCGCCAAAUUCGAGCAAUUCCUGGAUCUGCCCGCGGAGCUGAGGGUGAAGGUAUACGAAUGCGCCGGCGAAUUGUAUAGCGAGAAAGAGAUCGUGGCGGCACUGCCACCGCCACCGAUCGCUGGAGUCUGCCGUCAGCUGCGAAAGGAAUCACUGCCCGUCUUCUACGGAAAACAGCGCGUAGCCAUAUGCCUGUCCAUCGACGAUGCCGGCCAUGCAAAUCUGUUGCUUCGCUCAAAGAAUUUCUUCAAGCACGCGAGGCCAGACACUUUCGCUGCGAUCGUAAAACUGAAAGUUGAGGUUGUCCAAGGUUGUAAAAGGGUCGCGUGGGUGACAGAUCUGCCGCGGAGAGGGCCAGAUUGUCGGAUCUCUGAGCCAGAGGUAAUUGGGUCAUCGGCGCAUGAGACGCCAGACGACUCAGCAACCGUUGAGGAAAUUAAGGAGAGAGAGCGAAUUGAGAGAGAGCGAAUUGAGGAGAAAGACGCGCUGCUGAAUAUGUUCUUCGGAAAGAUGGCUCUGCGAGGAGAGGGGAUGAGAUUGCGUCGAGGGGAUGGAGAGGAGUUGCGGGAGGUUUUGUCGGAGGUCUAA